AUGAGCCAACAGGGGGCGGCGCUACAGACCUAUAACAACGAGCUGGUGAAAUGUAUAGAAGAUCUGUGUAGCAAAAGGGAUGAGCUGAACCGCCAGAUCCAGCAGGAGGAAGAGGAGAAGAAUAAGCUUCAAAAUGACGUCCGCAUCCUCACGGAGAAAACUGUGCAGAGUGAACGAGAGCUUGGCGAAGAAAAUGGUGUCCAGAACGGAAUUUGACAAAACUAUUGCUGAGACACAAGCUGCAUAUAUGAAGAUCCUGGAGAGCUCACAGACUUUACUGAAUGUGCUGAAGAGAGAGGCCGGUAACCUGGGCAAGGCCACAGAAGUACAAGGAAGCUCCAACACAUAA